UGACGGACCGCGCCCGGCAGACGGAGCUGUGCGGGAGGCGGGGGCACCGACGCGGCCCCGACAUCCCUGCGCAUCCCGCAGCCCCGCCGGGGAUGCCGCCGCCCGCCGGGCCCUGAGCGCCGGGACGCCGGCGACUGCCGGCCACGUUCCGCCACGCCUCGCCCGGUACGGACCCAACGGAACCCGACUGGAUAAUGGAGGCUGUGGAGGCCAACACGCUCCAGCAGGAGAGGCUGCAGGCCAUUGCGGAGAAGCGAAAACGUCAGACAGAGAUUGAGAACAAGAGGAGGCAGCUGGAGGAUGACAGGAGGCAGCUGCAGCAUCUCAAGUCCAAGGCGCUGCGGGAGAGAUGGCUGCUGGAGGGGACCCCAUCCUCUGCCUCUGAGGAAGAUGAGGCGAUGAAGAAGCAGAUGCAGGAGGAUGAGGUGAAGACCAAGGAGCUGGAGGAAACCAUCCAAAGGCUGGAAAGGGAGUUGGAGUCACUGGAGAACAGCAGCUCUGCUACAUCCACCAAGGAGAACCUGGCUGAGGUGGCAGCACCAGCAAAGGAGAAGGCAGAGAACAUCCCCAGCGUGCAGAAGAGUCCCCUGAGCACAGCUGUAGCCGAGAAGAAGGUCUCCAGCAGCCCCAUGAAGGCAGUGCAAGGCACUGACAUGAUGAAGGCAGCCAUGUACUCAGUGGAGAUCACGGUGGAGAAGGACAAAGUGACUGGGGAAACCAAAGUCCUAUCCAGUACCACGCUUCUCCCCCAGAACCACUGUGUGCAAGGGAUCAAAGUAUACGAGGAUGAGCUCAAAGUGGUGCAUGCAGUGGGUGCUGAGGAUGGAGCUCUGCAGAAUGGGGCGCAGCCACUCAGCUCCUCGGAGGUGGAUGAGCUCCUGCACAAGGCGGAUGAGGUGACACUGGGUGAAGCUACGGUGAGUGGGGAGGCUCCGGGCAGUGCCACGUCCAGCCAGAAGGCAACACCAAGGAGGGAGAUCACGGGGCUGCAGGCAAAGCCAAGGGAAAACUCCACGGAGGGCACAGAGCCGAGCCGGGAGCAGCCGGUCACCAUGAUCUUUAUGGGCUACCAGAAUGUGGAGGAUGAGAAUGAGACCAAGAAGGUGCUGGGGCUGGAGGGUACCAUCAAAGCUGAGCUGGUGGUGAUUGAGGACGCCGAGAGCAAGCCAGAACCAGCAAGCCAGGACCACGCACCGCCCAAUGGCACCGCGCUGGAACCGGCGGCCGCCCCAAUGCAGGGGGAUGAAGUGCCAGGUGGGCAGAAAGCGGACACCAACGCCAUGGAAGCCAAGGAGGCUGAGCCAGAUAUGGACGCGAAGAAGCAGCGCUGCAAAUGCUGCACGGUGAUGUGAGCCCCCGCCGAGCCCACCCCAUCCCCACAUCCCCACAUCCCCAUCCAGCUCCCCGCAGGACACAGGGUUACUGACCGGACACGGCACCCUUCUUGUUUUUCAUAAGAACUGGGGAAAUCCAACGUUGUGUUUGGAAAACCUUCACCAAACGGCAGCGCAUCGAGGCCACGGCACCGCCCUGCCUGCCCGACCCCCACUCUGUGCACACCCCUCCAGUGCUGCGUGUGAUAUUUAUUAGAGACCCCCCUCAACCUCCCCACCUCGCCACCCCCUUCCCCACAGCCCUGCCUACCCCGGCGCUCUCCUGCUGGGAUGCCCCGGAGCCUUCCCUCCUUCCAUCCACCAUCAGAAGAUGACGGCAGCCAGGAGGACCCGUGCCCACCCAACCCUGCGUGGCAGCUUUCAUAUCUGGCACCCAUUUCUUCAGCCCAGCUCCAUGCUGUUGUCUGCACUGUGAUGCCAGGACAAGGACCGGGCACGGCUCCCCCGGCGCCAGCACCAGCCUGGACCCAGCUGUGCCCUCCUGAAGACCCCUGCCCCAAUUCACGCAGCCACCACCAGGUACCGAUGUUGCCCACUGCUGCUGCUCCAUGGCCAUUCCUCCAUCCUGGUGCUGGAUGCUCAGCUGUGUCUGGGUGCCCAUUGCCCACCCAGGGGUGUGGGGUUGGCAGCAAGAGGAGGGACAGCUGCAGAUCCCAGCCUAUAGGGGUGGGAUGGGAGCUGGAAUCUACCUGCUGGGCUCUGCAGCAGUAGGAUGUGGCUCAGCUCCGUGUGGCUGAACCGACCCUUGUGCUGGCAGCUUUGCAGAGCCCGUUUAUCCAGCACCUCUGUCAGAUCCCCAGCCCAGCUCUCUCUGGGUUUUUGCGGUGCCCCCAGGUGCUGUCUCUGUGCCGGUGGUGCAGUGAAGGGUCACAGCUCCAUGGCAGCUGCCCCACUCCCUGCCCUGUGCUCCAGCCAUCAGCGGGGAUCUCACCACCAGCACCAGCGUUUCCUCCCCACUGUGACCUGCUGGGGCAGGAGGAAGGGUGCGGGGCCCCUGUGGGUGCUGAGCUCUGUCCAUCCCCAGGACAGCCCCAUUGCCAGCCCUAAAAUGAGGUGCUUGCUGCAUCCCAUCUCCCACCAGCUAUUGGUGGGCACAUGGCUGUGCUCUGCGCUGUCUCCACAUCCCUGAGUUCUGGCUAAAAGCCUCCAGGAGAGGUGGAACCUCAUGGGGUCUCAAGCAGAACCUCUGCUGCCUGCUGUGGGAGCCACCAGCAGGGACACAGCCCGGCAGUCCCAGCAUUGGGGUGCUGGGGGAGAUCUACCCCACUCAUCCCUGGGGAUCCAGGCCCCCAGCGGGGCUGCAUGUCACCUCCUUCCACCCCCCUUCCAUGGGUGCUGACCCCAAUUUAGGGCCCCCUCUCGCCCUCAGCACCCACUGCUCCUCGGUCACCUUUGGGCCCAGCACCGACCCCGGGCAGGAGCAGAUCCGGGCCCUGCAGGGCUGGGGCUGGGGGGUAGCAGCAGUGAGGACCCGGCCAUGCCCCAGCCCCAACCUGCAGAGCCCCACACCGUCCCCCCCCAGCUCAGCUGAAGUGCACUUCCUGCUCUCCCGUGCUUUUUACCUGUGAUGAAGCCGUUUGAAGUUUCCCUUCCUCCCCCCCCACCCCUGUUGUUUGUAAGACACCUGAACCAAGCAAAUAAACUGUGUGAAUAACCAGC